AUGGCGAAGCUUUCACCUAAUCUCAAGGCUCUGAUUGCCGCGCCGUUUGCGCGCCCGGACCCGACAGCAGCUCCUGCGCACAUAGCCGACGUGUAUAGGUCGAUUGCGAGCGACGCAGCAAAGAACAACGUGUCUCUCAAGCCUUGGCUAGCUCUGUCGUCUGCUGCAACUUUCACCCUCAACUCCCCCGAGUCUCUGUCAGCCAUACACAGUGUAGCGACAUCGUACGCCCCCUCAGGCGAGACGAAUCCCAAGGUCAUGGUGGCCGAGUUCAUCCGCGAAGUCGGUCUGAAGUGCAUCUCCUUCAACGGUAUACCCCGCACUAUCAACUGCCUCAACGCCUUUCAUGCCUCCCUUCCCGCCAACGUACGAUCGCAGCUGGAGACGCGCCCCACGCGGCAGCCGACUACGGCCAACCUGAACAACAUCUCCUCGCGCGGCAGGGGUCUCUGGGAUAGCAUCUACGCCCCCUUUGAGGGAAAGCUUGUUACCAAGCUGGCUACGUCACACCCUGACUUGCCCGUGCAUAUUCUCAAUAGCCACUACGGUCCCCUCCUGGCUGACCCGGCAGAGCGCGGGGGACUCGCCAAGACGGGGCGGAUCCUCACUAGCGUUAUUGCCAUUUCGUGCCUACGCGCUCAGACAGGUGUUGCACCCCAGGUCACCAGCCAUGUGUUUGGUCUGCGAAAGGGUAUCGAGGAUGGGACUUACAAGGCCGAGGGGGAGGAGGAGGUGCAGGGGGUCGAGUGGCUGGCUACGAAUGAAGGAAGCGAAUGGAUCCUGCGUUCUGUCGACACCAUUGUAAAGUCCCUAGGUGGAAGCAACUUCUCACCCAAGCUGUAG